AUGAAAUUGUCAUUUAUCGCACUGGCUGCAUCCUCUAUCUUUUGGCUGGCCCAAGCUCUUCCAACUGUUCAACCACCACAACAGCAAGGCCAAGAUCUGCUUUACUUUGAGACACGUGCUGAGCACAACCAUAGCUCUGGAAAAAAGCAUUCUAGUCAUCACAACAGCACACAUGAUGGCAACUCAACUUCAUCCGGGCUGGUACCGGGGAAGUAUUUUGAUCGUGUUGUGAUUAUCGUUUUUGAGAACAAGGACUAUGAUACCACGAUGAAGGACAAGUAUUUCAAGUCAUUGCCAUCCAAGCACAACGGCGUUAUGUUGACCAAUUACAGAGGCGUGGCUCAUCCAUCACAGCCCAAUUAUAUUGCUCUCAUCAGCGGAUCCACCAAAGGAACCAAAGAGGACGAUGAAUCCAACAUUGAUCGUGAUACGAUUGUUGAUUUGCUGGAGAAGAAGAAUAUUUCUUGGAAGACGUAUCAGGAAGAUUAUCCUGGUGGCUGCAACAAAGAGAUGGACAUUGAUAACUAUGCUCGCAAGCACAAUCCCUUCAUGUCCUUCAAGAACAUUCAAAAGGACAAGAAGCGUUGUGCCAAGAUCGUCAGCGCAAAGGAACUCGAUAAGGAUAUUGACAAUGACAACGUACCCCAAUACGUCUUUUAUACGCCUGAUAUCAACAAUGAUGCCCACGACAAGCCAUUAUCCUAUGGCGCCAAGUGGCUCAAAAAGUUCCUUGAUGCUCGCCUCAAGAAGCCUGCCUUUAGCAAAAAGACCUUGUUUGUUGUUACCUUUGAUGAAGAUGACAGCAAUACAAAGAAGAAUCACGUGUAUACAUCCAUUUUCGGUCCCGAUCUCAAGUUCUCUUCCAAAAAGGAUGACAAAAAGUACGAUCAUUAUUCGCUCCUGCGUACCAUUGAGGAUAAUUGGGAUCUUGGAGACCUUGGCGAAAAGGAUAAGGAUGCCACCGCAUUUGACUUGUAG